AUGAAGGCCGGCGGGGGGGCGGCGGGUUCGGGCGGCGGGAGGCGGCGGCGGCGGGCCCGGGGCUGCGGCGGGGGGCGGCGGGCGGCGGCCAACGCCCGGGAGAGGGACCGCACGCACAGCGUCAACGCGGCCUUCGGCGCCCUCCGCCGGCUCAUCCCUACCCGGCCAGCAGACCGCCGGCUCUCCAAGGUGGAGACGCUGCGCCUGGCCGCCAGCUACAUCGCGCACCUGGCCAACGUGCUGCUGCUGCAGCAGGCCGAGGGCACGGCGGCCGCCCAGCCCUGCCCGCAGCCUAUGCCGCCAGGCACCGCCGCGCCGCGACCCAUCUGCACCUUCUGCCUGAGUGAGCAGCGGAAGCGGCACCAAGAAGAAGAGAAGCCACCUCCUGGUCCAGCCAUAAGUGGACAUUGCAUCGGCUGAGAACCUUGAACCCAUCUUGCGCUGACUGUCCGACUGCUCAGGGUAACCUCACAGCACUUGUUCUGUAUGUUUACAUUUGAGUAACACGGUCCUAAAAGAGUUACUUUUGAAGCCUAUGCAUUUUGUUUCACAUUGUGACAGGUUUAUUCAGGGUGUUUUGCCACUGAAACAGAACACUGUUGAGACAGUUGCACCUGGUGUAGCAGUUAUUUUAGUGCCAGAAAUGUUAAACCUAAGCAGCCAAGCCCUGAUCUUGAUGUCUCCUAAACCUGUGGCACAUGAUGAAACUUGAACUUCCAAACACACAGUGUCUGCUGUCGGGGAAGCUGUCACGAACGUGUCAUGGUGGCUGCCUCCAGCCCAACCCAGGCUGCCACCCACUCCUCCAGCUGCACACUAAUUCUUGGGCUGAGGCCUGAUACCGACAGCUGACACACUUGAGAGGUCUGAACAAUGCUGGUAGAGUAUUUUAAGGUGUUCACAGAAAAUGGGAAAACUUACAGUGAAAGCACCCCUGUCUGCUGUACACAUAGGCACAGUGGUGCAUGGACCCGGGCCAUAGCCAGGACAGGAAAGUGGAGAAGCACUACGUAAGCGAUGCUCUUUUACUAGUGGUGCAAGUCGUGCCACUCCUUCAAAUAGCGUGGGAUAUUCCUAAACCUGGCAAGCAUGGGGGAGGGAGGGUUUCCCAAGGGCUCUCUACAUUUAUCCAUCAGCUAGGUGAUUCCCAAACUGUGCCUGUACAUCAAUGAUGUAAUUUAUCUCUCUUCAGUUUAUUAACUCAUAUGUGUUUUUUCUUUUAGAAGGAAGUCUAAAAGGCAAAUAUGCAUGUUAUGUUUUCCAUUUGGGAUAUUCGUGAAAUAGCAGGCUAAAAUCUU